AUGGAUCCCUUAUUAAUAUUUGAAGAAUUAGAAAAUGAUUUGAAAUUAUUAAUCAUUGAAACAAAAAAAAAAAAUAUUUACAUAAAAGAUAAAAUUGAAAUAACUAUUAUAAAAACCAAAAACUACAGAAGUAUAUUCAAAUCUAAUAAAAACAGUUUGUUAAGUAAUUUUGAAUUCCCUUUGAAUGAAAUAAUAGAGAUUGUAAAUAUAUCGGUUAAUAUUAACAGUCAUAAAAUAAUUUGUAUAUGCUUAUUAAUAAUUCAAAGAAUUGUAUUCUAUAUAUUAUAUAUAAUAGAUAACAAAGAAUUAAUCAAUAAUUUUAAAGAAAUAAAUAUAGAAAAACAAAUAGAAAUAAUUACAAAUAAAUUAUUCGAUUUAACAUUUAUUGAUGAUACAAAAAUUUUAAUUAAAAUAUUACAAAUAAUUUUAACAGCUUUUUCACCUAAUUAUAUUGAAUAUUAUAACAAAGAUAAUAUUAAUACUUUGUUGAAAAUUUUAUAUUCUAUAUAUUAUUCAUCACUUUAUGAAAAUAAUCAUAUUUUAUAUCAGACAUGUUGUGCCGCUUAUAAGCAAUUACUUAAUUCUCUUAUAGAUGUAUGUAAUAAAGAAAAUGAAGUUAAUUAUAAGGAAUCUAAUAAUUUAAGUAAGGAAAAAUAUGUUUUCGAUAAAAAAAAAAAAAAAAAUGAUCAAAAUUAUAUAAAUUUUUAUUUCGAAAAUUAUGAUUUACAUUAUAGUACAAAUAAACCCAUAGAUUUAAUUUAUAUAAAUGAUAUGAAUAAUAUAAAUAAUAUGCAAAAUAAAGAUAAAUUAUUAUCAUUAAUUCAUUAUUUAUGCUACUGUUGUUUCAUAAAUAUUCGAUCAAGAUAUAAUACGAACAAUAUUCCAUGUGAAAAAAAUAUAUGUAAAGAAAAAGAAAAGAAUAAUUUUAAUAAGCAUAUUGAAAAUUUAAAAAAUAAUAAAAACACAACCAAUAAAGAUAAUAAUAAAAAUAAUAAUAAAGAUAAUAAUAAAGAUAAUAAUAAAGAUAAUAAUAAUGAUAAUAAUAAUAAUAAUGAUAAUGAUAAUGAUAAUGAUAAUAAUGAAUUAUUAAAUAUAAAACAGAAAAUGAAAGAUAACUGUAAGUCUAAGAAGGUGAAUACAGAACAAGUUUAUGUAGCUGAUAAUUCAAUAGAUAAUGACUUAAAUCGUAAAUUAUCAAUUCAAAAUAAUAAAAGUCUAAAAAAUGUUUUUCAUAUGGAAGAUAUUACUAAGAAGGAAAUUUUUAUAAAUAGUGAUGACAAAUGUUCUUUUAAUAGUGAGCAGAAAAGUGAUUCAAAUAAUAUUGAAUAUUUAAAAAAUAUUGAAAGUUUUAAUAAUUUAGAAGAAAAAAAAAAUAAUAUUUGUAACGAAGAAUCAUAUAAUAAAAUAAAAUGCAAGAGAGAAGAAAAUAAUUUCAACAAUAUGAAAAAUUCCAAUAUUAAAAAAUUAUUAAAAAUUUUAAAAAAUACAAAUUAUAAAAGUGGAAGUGAGAAUGUUAACAGUUUAAAGCUUAAUGAAAAUUUAAAUAUAGAUUCAUCUGAGUUAAAAACGGAAAUAUUAUCAAAUUAUAAUAGAAAUAAUUUAAUAUUACCCCUUAGUUUUUGCUUAGAUUUAUUAUAUAUAUUUUUGAAUAAUUAUGAAAAUUUUUUGGAUAAUUUAGAAUUUUUUAAAUUACUAAAAUUUGAAAUUAUUUAUAUUAUUUUAAUAUCAUUAAAAAAUGAUUUACAUAUAGACAUUUUUUUCAAAUGUUUAAAAAUAUUUAAAAUUAUUUGCUAUAAAUAUUUUCAAUAUUUUUUAGGAGAAAUUAAAUUCAUUUUUCUAAUAUUAAUUCAAUAUUUAUGCCUAAGUAAGCCACAUUCAAAGUUAUAUAUUGUCUUAAAUUUUUUUUUUUAUUUAUUUGAUAAUACUUUAGUCUUUUAUUUUUUAUAUAAGUAUUUUUUUUAUGAAAAUAGUGGUACAAACAAAUUAUCUAAAAAUAAAAAAGAAGAAAAAGAAAAAAACUUAUGCAAUUUUUUGAAAGAAAAUGAUUACAAUACGUUUUAUGAUAAUUUAAAUGAACCAUCAAUAAAAGAAAAACAUAAAAAUUCAUAUAAUUUUAAAAAUAAUCAUGAUAAUAUAGAAGAUAUGAACAAAACAAAUGAAAAUGAAAAACAUAUGGAAAUGAAUAAUAAUGAAAAAGGUUUCUUCAUGAAUAGUGAAGAACAAUACGAAUAUGUUAAAAGUGAAAAAAUUAAUAACUUAAAAGAAAAAUGUAGUAAAAAUCAUAUUGAUCCUUAUCAAAAUAUAAGUUCUGAAAAAAAAGAUACUAAAACAUCAAAACCUUUAAAUAACCAGAAAGAAAACAAUGAUAUAAAUGACCAUUUAUUUACAAAAAUUGUUGAAUACAUUAGUAAAAUUAUACAUGAAUUAUUAUUUUUGCAUUCAAUAGAUUUAACUAAAAUGUACAUUCAUUUAAAAAUAUUUAAAUAUGAUAGAAUAUAUACAGGUGAAAAAAAGAUGGAUCAUAUUAUUGAUAAAAUAAAAGAAAAAUUGUAUUAUAUGAAAAAUGAAAGUAAAUUAAAAAAAUAUGAAGAAGAAAAAAAAAGAACAAGUGAAGAAAAAAAUGAGAUAGAAAAAAUAAAAAACGAAACAAAUGGGAAAAAAGAAGAAAAACAAAAAACAAAAAAAAAAACAGAAAAAAAUAUAGAAAAAGAAAGAAGAAAAGAGAAAGAACAAAGAGAAGUAUCAUUUUGUAACUUUUUAAGUUAUCCAAUAAUUUUACCAAACAAUUUUAUAAAUCCAAGAGAGGACUUUUAUUUAUAUAAGUUCUCCACAGAAAAAAAGAUGAAUAAAAUUUUAUUUGAUGAUUUAUUUUAUAGAGAUGUUGACGAAAUACGUUUACUUGCAUCAUCUAUAGAUAACAUAUUAUCCAUUAUAAACUCUUUUUAUAUUAUUUUUUUAAAUAUAUUAAAAAAAAGUCUCAACCAGUAUUGCUAUUCAACAAUAGAUUUAAAUGAUGAAAAAAGUUUACAUUCGUUAAAUACACAUAUAUAUUAUACAAAUAAUUCUGAUGAUGAAAAUUGUAGUAAAAUAUUAGAAAAAAAAAAUCACAACAAAUACAAUUUUAAAGAUAAUCUAAUAAAAAAUCUCUCUCAUAUAGAUACAAAUGAUAGUAAUUUAAUAUUUAAUUAUGAAUUAAUAAGAAAAAUAGAAAAUUAUAAUAAUAAUAAUAAUAAUGUAGAAAAUACAACUACAAAUUUACAUAAUGAUAAGGAUAAAUUUGUAAAUAACAUUGAUAAUGUUAAAAAUAAUGGAAAUUUUUUCAGUGGAGAAGAAAAAGAAGAUGAUAAAAAUAAAAACAAUAAAAAUAAUCUUGAUAAAUGUAAUAAAAGUUAUAAAAAUAAAAGUAGUUAUUUUGGUGAACACAAGACACUUUUUUUUAAUGUAUUUAAUUCCACUUGUAGAUAUUUUAUUUCCUCUUUAUGUUUAAUUUUUUCAUAUACAAAUAAGUUAGAAGUAUGUUUUUUUAAUGGAUUUCAAAAAUUAAUUUUUAUCAGUACUUACUUAAAAAUAAAUAUAUGCACAAAUGCUUGUUUGCAAACUUUAACAAAAUGUAGUAGUAUAUUUGCUCUUGAAAAUUCUCCUUUUUUUUUAAAAAUUCUAAAAAAUUAUGAAAAACAAGAAAACAAAAAUGAUAAUGUAUAUUCAAAGAAAAAUAAAUUAGUAAGUAAAAAUAAUUUUAAAAUAACUAAUUUAUAUUCUUCUACUGAUAAUAAAGCUAUUUCUUCUAAAAAUAAAGAAAAUGAUUACAUUGAUAAAAACUCAAUUAAUAACAGUUUUCAUCAAAAAAAUAUUUCUGAUAUUUAUACACAUAUAUCAAAAAAAGAAACUAUUAAUGAUAAUAUCGAUAGAAAAGAAAGUAUAAAGGAUAACUUUAAGUUUAGUAAUGAUUAUAUAAUUAAUGAUACUUUAAAUAUUUUUGAUAAAAGAGAAUUUGAUAAAAAUAGAGAAGAGAAAGAAAAUGUUGAUAACAAAUUUGACUUGAUUAAUAAAAAGAAAGAAAUACUUGAAAACGAAAGUGAGAAGAAAGAUAUAAAAAAUGAGUUAAAAGAGAAAUUUAUUGAUUAUAAUAAAUAUAAUUCAAAUAUAAAUAUGAAUGAUUUUAAUUUUAAAGAAAUGAAAAAAAAAGAUUUAGAUAACCAUGUAUGUCAUGAAAUAAAUAAAAUGAAUUAUGAACAGAAAGCAAAAUAUAUAAAAAAAGAUUUAAAUGAAAAAAUUUUCAAAUAUCAUUUAAUAAAAAAAAAAAACAAAAAUAAAAAAGGUUAUGAAAGUGAAAAUAGUUUGUUAAAAGAAGGUUAUUCUAAAAAGUUGAGUAUAGAAAGUUUUGAAUCAAACUUUCUUUCUUGUAAAUCACAGUUAAAUGAAGACCUAUUAAAAUAUUUUGAUGAAAUAAUUAAUAGAAUCUUAAAAGAGUCAUAUUAUAUAAAUAACGAUUUAAAUAAUUUAAAAUACAUAUUAUCUAUAAAAUCAGUGAUUAGCAUAUUUUAUAUAUAUGGAGAUAAUUUGGAUUUUAAUAACUGGUUAAAGGUAAUAAAUUUGUUUGUUGAAAUUAAUUAUAUUCAUAAAUAUAUAGCAUCAAUAGAGAAUAAAACAAUAGAAUUUUUGAAUUUUUUCCAUCAUAUUAACAAGAAUGAAGAAGAAUUAGUAUUUUCCUCAAGUAAAAACUUAGUUAAUUCUAAUAAAAAUAAUUAUACACAGAAUUUUGAUUCUAAAAGUAUUGAAUUUUGUUAUUUUAUUUUAAGGUUUAUACAGAAAAAUCCAGUAUUAUGUGCUGAAAUAACUGUAAUAUUUUCUUCAUUUUCCUAUUUUUUUAGAAAUACAGUUUUUUAUAAUAUAUUUACACUAAUUAACAUAAUUAAUUCAAUUCAUUUCAUGAUAUUUAAUCAGUUUUUUAAGCAAAAAAAGUUAAUUCAAAAAGAUUAUUACAAAAUAUAUGAUACGAGUAAUAGUCAAAAAAAUGUUAAUUUUUCAUCUCUUUCAUACGAAGACAAAAAAAAUGAGUUAAGUAAAAAUGCAAUAAAAAAUAAUAAUAAUAAUAAUGAAUAUUCAAAUAAUAAUAAUAUAAAUAGUUCAACUGAUCUCUGUGAUCAAAAUAAUUAUAAAAAAAAAAAGAAAGAACAUAUAUUUACAGAAAGUAAUACAGAAAGUAAGAGUUUUCAUUUUAUGAAAAUAAAGAAAAAUAAUUUUAAUGAAAUAAAUAAAAAAAAAAAUGUAAUAAUUGAAAAAUAUAUUAAUUUUAUAUAUAGAAGCAAAGAUAUCUUUGAAAUCUUUUAUUAUUAUUUGUCCUAUUUUGAUCCAUUAUAUCUUUCUUAUUUCACUUUUUAUAGUGAUAUUUUUUUUUUAAAUAAAGAUAAGAAAAUAAAUGAAAGAAGGAAAAUCAAAUCAUUAGAAUACAUAAAUUUUAAAAGUGAUGAAACAAAAAAUGAUAUAGAUAAAUUAAGAGAUAAUUUAAAAUAUAACCAUAAUAGAAAUAAAAGAAAGAAAGAACAUGAUUAUAUUGUUUUAAAGAAAUUAGAAAAAUAUUGUAUUUUUGAAGAUUUUUAUCCGUUAUAUAUGAUAGAAAUGCUAUGCGUUAUUAAUAUUACCAGAAUUAAAUAUAUUUAUAAUAAUUGUUGUAUUAAUAUUUUGCUAUUGUCAUUAUGUAAAAAUAAUGAUAUUCAAAAAAAAAGUAUCGACACAUUAUUUAAUAUUAUAAAAGAAUCUGUAAUAUAUUAUAAAUACAAUUUUUUAAUACAAUUUCAAUUAUUUAAACCAUUUUUUUUUUUUAUAGUAAAUCCAUAUGCAUCAUAUCGUUCCUAUUUUAUUACAUCACUUUUAAAUUUUAUAAGAAAAAACGCCUCAUUUUUUGAUAAAAAUAUGUGGCUGUUUAUUAUUUUUCUUUUAUAUGUAUCAUUUAAGAAAGAAUUGAAAAAAAAAAAUUUAAAAAAUAAAUCUGAUACAGAUAACCAAAUUACAGAUGUAAGUAUAUCAAAUAUUAAUAAUAUUUUUAAUAUUAUAGAAAUAAUAAUAGUAGAUUAUAUUGAAGAUAUUCCUAUAUGUAAAAUAAUGGAAGUAAUAAUUAAUAUGCUCAUAUUAUUUUCUUCCUUAAACUUUUUAAGUAAUAACAUAUCAUUUAGAGCAAUUAAUUUUUCUUGGUCAGUUGUAGAUUAUAUAAUAAAUUGUUCGGAUUUAUUAAAUGAAAAUAUAAAUUAUAAUAAAAAAAACAAAAAAGAAAAUAUAAAUGAUAAAAAGAACGUGAAAAAAGAAAAGAAUAUAUUACAUAUAUGCAUAAUUGAAAAUAUAAAAUUGUAUAUAUACGACAACAAAAUUAAAAUGAAAAAUAUAAAAAUGAAAAGUUUUUUUAUUUUUAUUUUAAAUCAAUUAAUGAAACUUUGUUUCGAUGAAAGAAUAGAAGUUAGGAAUUGCAGUAUUAAAACAAUUAUGAGCAUAUUAUCAACACAUAUAAGUAAGUUUGAUUUCUUUUUUUAUAAAACAUCAAUAUGUAUGUUAUUAAAAAAACUUAGCAUUAAAUUUUUUUAUAAAUUGCAAGAAUAUUUUAGAUUAGAAAAAAAUCAAGAGUCUUCUAUAGAUGAGAAUAAACAAAGUGCUGAUGAAUAUUUACAAAAUAGUAAUUUUGAUAAUAAAAAUAAUAAUAGUUUUGAUAUCCUGAAUAAUAAGGAAAUAUAUAUGGAAAUCAAUGAAUUAAAUGAAAAUAAAGAUGAGGAUAUAGAUAAUAUUAUAAUUACAAAAAAAAACAGUUCUAAAACAAUAAAAGAUGAUCUAACAAAAAAUAAAAAUGUAAAUAAUUAUAUUUACGAUGUAAACCUAAAAAGUGAAGCUAUUGAUAAAAUGAAAAAUAUUAGUAAUAUUCUUAAGGAAGAAUUUAGGAUGAGUUUUAUAAACUUAACGGAAGAAAAGAAAAAAUAUAUUAUGAAGAAGAAAAACAAAAAAAAUAGAAAGAGGAAUGAUUUAUCUGAAGAAAUAGACAGCAAUUUAAUUUUAUCUAAUACACAUAAUGGAAACAUUCUAUCAGAAGGGAAAACUUAUGAUUUAUACGAUUAUGUUAAUGAAAAUUUUAAUAAAAUAAUUAUCCAUCAUUCUAGAGAUAGUAAGUUAAAACAAUGGAUAGAAAGUUUUAUUUUAAUAAUAGAAGGUUGUAAUCGUAUUUUAGAGGAACAAAAGUGUUAUAAAAAAAUUUAUUAUUUUUAUGAUACUUUUCUAAAUAUAUUGAAAAAGACAUUGUUAAUUGAGUAUAAUAACAAAAAUAUGUUUGAAUUACACAUAUCUAUAUUGCAAAUAUUAAAUAAUAUAUUUAUAUCAAAAUUUUCUUAUUAUGGAGAAUAUUACUUCAAAAUGAAGAAUUCAAUAAAAAAUAAGAAAUAUAUAGACAAUAUAAACAUAUUUAAUAAAUCAUUAUUUUUAAUAUAUGAUUAUGUAUAUUCUCUUAAAGAUACAAAAAUAAAAGAAUUUAUAAUAAAGUUAAUUAUAGAAAAUUUAAAAAUUAUAAAUUGUAAUAAAUGUAUAUAUUUUAACACUUUAAUGUAUUUACAUAUGUUUCAUUUAUUAUUUUAUAAUGUAGAGAUUACAUUAAAAAAAGAAGAAAAAAAAAACUAUUUAUUUUUAAAUUAUGACUCUGUUUUAAAUAACUUAUAUUUUGAUUAUUUUAUUAGAGAUUCCAAUUAUUUAAAGAAUGAAAUUGAGAAAACUGUUAAGAAAACAAUUGAGGACAAUUAUUUUACCAAAAAUAUUUCAAAUAAUAAAAAAGUAGAUAAGGAUAAUGAUAUUCAAUCCUCUGAUAAAUUAAAAGAAAAAAUUAUGGAAAAAAAAGAAGAAAAGAAUAUUGAAAAAAAAGAAGAAAAGAAUAUUGAAAAAAAAGAAGAAAAGAAUAUUGAAAAAAUAGAGAAUGAAAACAGUGAAGAAAAAAAAAGAUUUAAAAAUUAUUUUACUUUUGAAUAUAAGGCAAAUAGGAAUACAUAUGACCCAUAUAACAUUCAUAAUUUUUUUGAAAAUAAUAAAAAAAUAUGUAAUAUAGAUAGCAUUUAUGAAAAUUUUGAAAACAAAAGUUUUUAUAAAUCAUAUUUGAGUAAUAAUAUAAAUAGUGAAAAAUUUAUAAUAACAAAAAGUGUAUUUCAAACUCUUGAAUAUGAUCAUAUAAACAUAUUAAUAAAUGAAGAACUCCUUAAUUCUAUAAAAUUUCUUCUGCAUAAUUUAUCUCGAAAUGAAGAAGAAAUGUCUAUUUACACGAGACUAGUAAAUUUUAUUUUUAAUGAUAAAAUUUUUUUUAAUGAAAAUUGUGAUGAAAUUAUUGAUAAAAUAAAAUUAAAUGACACAUAUAAUAAAUUAGAAAUGGAUAUGAAUACAAAUGAACCAAAAGAAGAAAAUAGAGAGUGUAACAGAUUAUUUACUUUAAAUUAUAAAAAAUUAUAUCCUUUAAAUAAUUAUAUAGAAAAUUUUCAAAUGUUUAAAAUUAGACUAUUUAAUUAUUUCACUCCAUGUCAUGUAUUUUUUAUUCAUAAUAAAUUUAAUUUAUAUCCUAAUUAUAGUAUUAACUUAAUAUAUUCUAUAAUUUUUUGUAAUUUCAUUAGACAAGAAAAUAGUUUAUUCUAUCAAAAAGAAAGCAAUUCUCUUCUAAUCUCCUUAAUAAAUAUGUUUCCUUAUAUAAUAGCAACUCAUUUAAAAUGUUUUUUAAAUAAUUUAAAUAAUAAUUCAUGUUUUGUAUUUUAUGAAAGUAUAAUUAUAUUGUUAAAAUUAACUUAUAACAUGCUGUUAAAUGCUACUUUUAUUCCAACUAACAGUAUAUUUAAAUAUUGGUGUUCUAUAAUUUUUUCUAUAGAAAAAAUCUUAUUUGUUAAUUGUAACAAUGAUAAAAUAGACAUGUUAGAUAUUAUGCUAAUUAAGUUUAUAAGAAAUAAUUAUUUAAUAAAAAAAUCUAUGGCUCCAUUAUUUAUUAAAAUAUAUUUAACUAAAAUUAUAAGUGAACUGAAUGAUAAAAAAAGAAGAGCUUUUUCAAGUUGGACAUUACAAAUAUUAUUUGAGGAAUAUGAAAAAAUGACAAAAGAAAAUUACAAUGAUCACUAUUAUACUACCUUUAUUACAUUAACCAUGUUAAAAAAGUGUGUAUUAACUUUAAAGAUUUUUUCAAGUGAAAAUAAUGAAGAAAAGAAUACUGAUGAAAUUUUAUUCAUUUUAUAUGAAUUAAAAAAACUUAAAUGUAGAUAUUCAUAUUUUGAUAUAAGAAAUCCAGUAUUAAAAUGUUCAGAAGAUAAAGCACAUCUUUUCAUUUGCUACCCGUACUUGUUAGAUUGCUUGAAUACCGAAAAUAAAAAAGUUUUUAUGACUAUUAAAGAAUUAUUAAAACUUAUCUCAUAUCCAUUAUCCUUUAAUAAUAUAAAUUAA